CCGUCCUGCUAGCGUGGAGCGGGAUAGCCGCGUAUGUUACCAUUGUAGUCCGGGUAAAAAAAAAAAAACGUGCCAUCUUGCGUGUGCUGUGUUCCGAAUUUGAACUCGCGUAACGUGAUUCGGUCUAGUCUGAAAUAAAAGCUCAAAAAAAAAAAAGUUUAUUUUUUUUCAUAAAGUUACCACUAAGAGUUUCUCGCCGUAUUUUUUUUUUGUGCGUGUGUGAGUGGUGGGGAAAAAAAGUGUGCUCGUCAAUUGCGUGAGGAUCCGCCAUCGCGCAAGAGGAAUCGCAGCACGUUCACCGGUCCUUCUGUUAGGUUGCCGGCCGCCGCUGUAGAAGGCGGACCGUGGCGCUUCCAAGCGGACGAACGAGGAAGCAUCGGUUCCGGCGACAACGCUAGAAAACAGUGCGCCUUCGGCCUCGUUUUUAUUUUCUCUUCUACCAUUGUUAAAUAAGAGAGAGGAAAGCCAAAAAAAAAAAAAAAAAUCAGUUUCCCAUUUAUAAACUGUCUCGUCAGAUCGAUCAGUGUGCACAGGCUGUGACGUCAUGAGGGUCGUCGAGUGUCGAUGAGUUAUUUUCCUCUCUCUCUCUUCUCUUUCGUUUCUCACCCCCUCCCCCUUUUUUUUUUUUUAAGAAAAACCGUAAUUCUUCGUCGUUUUCCGACAGGAAAGCGUCGCGACUUGUAAAAACUUGAAAGGGCGCCGACCGCGUUUUUUUUUUUUGUUUUUUUCCUUUCCCGAGUGAGACGUAGUGUGCGUGCCGACCCACCCACGCACGUGCACGUGCACGCGUGUGUGUGCGUGUGCCGCUCCGCGACUGGCGAGCGUGUGACGUCGUGGGGGCGAUUCGCGUGCGUUCAUCUUCGCUCCUUCCCCGCCGUCGAAGAACCAACCGCCAGAUCACCGGGGGAUACCGUCUUACUGGAGUCUUGCAAAGGCCAGAAAAUCCAAACUCGUUCACCGUCCAUGCUGCUUCAAGUGAUUGGACCACAGGUGACUUGAAGGACUCCCAGCCAAUGGAAAAAAAAAAAAAAACUUCAACUCAAAAGAAGUAUCGAAUCGCAAGCAUCCCAUUUAAAAAUUGUUACAAGUGAGACCGAUGAUGGGAAAGGAGUUGGCCUCUGUUCCGAAUGUGCUGCGCGACUGACGCAGCCGGGGCCAUGGAGGCGGGCGGGCGGUAAUACCGGGGAAGAGCGCCCCUUGCAGCGGACAUGGACCUGAAGCACGACGUGCUGUUCCGCGGCGGCGGCGGGGGCGGCGUGAAGGCGGAGCCGCGGGUGCAGUCGCCGUGCGGCGGGCCGGCGCACAGCUCCUCCGCCGGAGGCCUCAGCAACGGCGGCGGCGGCGGCGGCGGCAUGGGCUCGCUGUUCGGCGGGAUCGCGUCCAGCAACAAGCGGCCGCGCCCCGACGACUGGCUGUCGUCGCCGUCUCCCGGCGGGGGCGGUUCCUCGGGCGCGCCGCCUCUCACGCCGUCCCCGGGGCCGCCGCACGGGCCCUUCACCGUCAUCUCGUCCAGCAACGGCUACUCGUCGCCCAUGUCGUCGGCCGGCAGCUACGACCCCUACAGCCCGGCCAGCAAGCACGGGCGGGAGGACCUGUCGCCGCCCAACAGCCUGAACGGCUACAGCCUGGACGGCAGCGACGCCAAGAAGAAGAAGGGCCCUGUGCCCCGCCAGCAGGAGGAGCUGUGUCUGGUGUGCGGCGACCGCGCGUCGGGCUACCACUACAACGCCCUCACCUGCGAGGGCUGCAAAGGUUUCUUCCGAAGAAGUAUCACGAAGAAUGCUGUGUACCAGUGCAAAUACGGGAAUAAUUGUGAAAUAGACAUGUACAUGAGGCGGAAGUGCCAGGAAUGUAGACUGAAGAAGUGUUUGAGUGUUGGCAUGAGGCCAGAAUGUGUUGUACCUGAAUACCAGUGCAUGGUGAAACGAAAAGAGAAGAAAGCCCAGAAGGAUAAGGACAAGCCCAACUCGACCACCAACGGUUCCCCUGAAAUGGUUGGUAUGAAAGAUCCAGACCUUAAGCAGCAGUUGGAACCGGAGAAGUCGCCCCUGUCGAACGGAGUGAAGCCCGUCAGUCCGGAGCAGGAGGAACUCAUCCACAGGCUCGUGUACUACCAGAACGAAUACGAGCAACCUUCGGAAGAUGAUCUCAAGCGAAUAACGAACUCGCCGAUCGAAGGUGAGAACCAGAGCGACAUCAAGUUCCGACACAUAACGGAGAUCACCAUCCUCACCGUGCAGCUCAUCGUCGAGUUCGCCAAGAGACUGCCCGGCUUCGACAAACUCCUCAGGGAAGACCAGAUUGCGCUGCUGAAGGCGUGCUCGAGCGAGGUGAUGAUGUUCCGCAUGGCGAGGAGGUACGACGUCCAGUCCGACUCGAUCCUGUUCGCCAACAACCAGCCCUACACCAAGGACAGCUACAGCAUGGCGGGCAUGGGCGAGACCAUCGACGACAUGUUGCGCUUCUGCCGGCAGAUGUACGCCAUGAAGGUGGACAACGCAGAGUACGCCCUGCUCACCGCCAUCGUCAUCUUCUCAGAACGACCGUCGCUGAUAGAAGCCUGGAAGGUGGAGAAGAUCCAGGAGAUCUACCUGGAGGCGCUGAAGGCGUACGUGGACAACAGGCGGCGCCCCAAGUCGGGCGCCAUCUUCGCGAAGCUGCUGUCCGUGCUGACGGAGCUGCGCACGCUGGGCAACCAGAACUCGGAGAUGUGCUUCUCGCUCAAGCUGAAGAACAAGAAGCUGCCGCCGUUCCUCGCCGAGAUCUGGGACGUGAUGCCCUAGUCGAGUGCGCCCGUGCCCGCUCGUAGGUCCGUGCCGGUCCGCCGAGGCCGUCCCGUGGGGGGCCCCACCUCCGUGCCCCGUGGUCUUUUAGAAUGUUCGUGAAGCAUUUUCAAUCCAUCAAUGAAUUGAGUACGUUCUACAUUGGUCACAGUUUGAGUUAAACUAUUUUUUUAAGUGUUUUUCUUUGCAGACAUCUUUGUUGUUUCUCUACACAAUAAUUUUUUUUAGUUUAAGUAGAUUUUUUUUUUGAAAUUUUUAUAAAACCAUAUGUUUUAUAACGACUUUCAAGGUAACAGAAAUGUGUUAAAAUAGUCUUUUUUGGGGCUCUUAUUUUUCAAAAUUUCAGGAUCCUUUUUUACAUGAUUUAGAGAUAUUCUACACCACCCCUCCUUACCCAACACAAAAAAAAAUUCAUAUAUGGAUGCACCAUUGACUCGUAGUGUACGAACGGCCAGCUAAAAUGUGAUUUUGUUUCCAUUUGCCUUUUUUUUUCUUUCUGUUAAAAAUUUACCACUUGUGCAUGGCUGUGCAUUUCAUAUCCUAUGAACUUUUGGCCCCCCAAGUUUUUUUUUUCCAAGCAGUUCAAUGUUUAUGAUACAUGUCUAAUGUGGAAUGGCAUUUACUAUCCUAAAUGAUGAUUGGGUGCUCUGCCCGGAAGCUGGUUUGGACCAUGGCUUGAUUGGGUUGGAGUUAGGUGAGAUGAUUAUCCAGUACUAUCCUUAUUUAGUUUUUUUAUUUACUUACUUCUUGAGUCCUCUAGCAAAUAAAGUUUCGCGUCUGGCCAAGCGUCACCUGCACGGAUCUACGAGAGCAAUGUAGCUCUGUUCCUAUGACAGCGAGAGAGAAUACUUAAAAGGUUGUGAUCACAAUCCAGUUAUUUUUAAUUUAAAAGGAAGGUGUGAACAUUAGUGGAAGAAAUUAAUCAUGCUAAACACUCUUUUCUUUCACGAACACCACCAAAAUGAAGGCUGUGAAAAAAAAAAAUUGAAACUCUGUAUCUGUCCUCUAAAGAAAAUUCUUUGGAAAGUAGUAGUGUUACAAAAAUUGAAGAGAGUAGAAAUUGUACAAGGCAUUUUUAAAAUAUAGCUUCUUCUCGGUGAAGUUAUGUAAUGUUAACAUUCGUAUUAUGUGAUUGUAAGUAGUAAAUAAAUUGAUACAUGUUACUGUUGAGAUGAAAUAUGUAAUAACUGUUGUUUUACUGCAGAGAAUUAUUUAUACACAUGGAAAAGUAGGUUGAACAAAAUUGUUUUCCAAGCAGUUGACCUUGAUGGGUUAUGGUUUGGGAAUUAGUCUGGUGCCUUGAUUCUGAAAAUAUUGUGCAUGAACUGUGCGAACUAGUUCCAAAGAAUAAGAUUUCAGAAAGCAGAAGUUGUCAACUUUAUGUUCAGGUGCUCUCCCUCAUUUACAUUUUUAACGUGCAAGAAUGUCGAGAGAUGUGAUGACUUGCACCAGAGUAAGUUCUUGUACUAAGACGUGAUAAGUAGAAAUGUAACCGUCCGUUUUUAAUUGUAAAUGAAACAUAGAUAUAUAUUGUAGAUAACCAAUUAGGCAACGUUUUUUCAUAUGUAGUCGGCAAGUCUGUAAUUUUAGCGACUUGUAAAGAUGUAAUUAAUGCAGCGUCAGCUGUAUCGGUAAUAAACUGAACACUGUACAUUCAAGCUGAAAGGAAUGAUCAGAAUGGACAUCAGAGAAGAUGGAAUCGGUGAAUUUCGUUGUGUCCGCCAGCACGUCGUUUCGCAGGGCACAGCGAGAUUUCGAAUGUGUUGCCUUCACGUCCGUGAACGUAAUCGGUUCCCCCCGUGGACCCACCGGCUGAAACAGCUUCUGUGAUUGGCUGUUGGCCCCCUCCCCCGCAAGUUCUGCGUGCUUUCCGACGCUCGUCGCAGUCGCCGCUCGGCGAAACGUGGGAUUGGCGGCGAGCAGGGCCACGCUCGCUCGGCUUCAGUUUUCAGAGGCCGAGUGUGGCAAGACUGUUUGUUCUCAUCUGCUUCUGAGCAACAGCAAGACCCUGACACCGCUCCGCGGUCUUCUGCGUCAAUGUCGCGUCCGAGCUCAAAUCUCAGAAUGUUCCCCACCACAGAAACACAAGAUCCGCAGACGUGCUACUAAAUGUUCUCCGAGCAGAAACGGAAUCUGUAAAACCUGCAUCAGCAACUCAGUCAAUAUAAUUUUUGUAUGUUAUUUAUCUGUCACAUAAUGAGUGCAACUUUUCUUAAUUGUUUUAAAAGUAAAUAAGUACUACACAUGAGAUGUCUUGUUAAAUCUUUGAGCCAUUUUGUUUAGAUACUGUUUCACAUAAUUAGGUAGAUUUUGUUAUAAUGCAAUUUUUUUCUGCCAGACUUUGCCUUAAAAUGUUAAAGAAAGUAAAGUUUUUGUGUGCAAGAAAAAAAAAUUACUUUAUCCAUGGCCAUUAACACAUUUUGAUUGCUGCAAAACAUUCAACUUUAAGCAUAGUAGAUAUUCAUACGUUAAAUAUAUUUUCCCUGAAUUUUAAUGCUACUGUACUGUUACAGCACUGCCCAGAUUGGUAAAAAAAAGUUGCAUUUAAAAUGUUUUUAUAGCUUGUUUUUUCUAAGAAAGUUUUUUAAAAUGUGACCAUGAUUUCCUACACUGCCAGCCAAUAAAUUUUAUUGUCUUAAAAGUAAUGAAAUUUUGUAUCAAAUGGGCAUACAUUUUGUAAUUUCAGGAGUAAAUUGUCAUCAUAUAGGCGCAGUUUUUAUAGCAUAUGUUAACUGGAUACAAUGUAAUUAAAUCUGUAGUUGAAUGUAUCAAAUUCUUUGUUGUUCUUUACCUACUAUCUUCUUAUCUUUGUGGUGUAUUACAUAAUAUUGAUAGUUGAGUUUUGUGGCAACUGAGGGAACCGAUAAUGAAUAAUAAUUGAUAAUUUAACUUUCAUUGGCUGCUAUGUGUACGUAUCAGAGCACUAGAACAGAUAAAAACUCACGUUAAACUGAAAAAGACUCAUUAGAAAGUUCUACAAAAAAAUUACAUAUUUGUUGUAUGAGGAUACAGAUUGACUGUUAUGUACAGACAUUAUAAGUAAAUAGGCUUUCGUGAAAGAUCUUCUACAUACAGUUGAGCUCGACUAUUUUUAAUCUUCUCUGGAUGUUGAAUGCUAGUUAUGUAAAAUUUAACAAACAUUAACAAACAUCGUAGCAAUAAAUUAGUUUAGUAAAUGUUUACAAUGAAAUUAAAAAAUGCAGUAUUCAGAAUUUUACUCUAGACAUUGCAAGUCUCAUUACGAUUAGUCUGCUGCAUUGAAAUGGUACUCAGCAUGUAGUUAUAUAAUGUUGAAACAAAAACUGUUGAAAACAACCUAGAAAUGUCAAGAUUUUAAAUUAAUAAAAAGUGAGUACAUAAAAAUCUGUUGCUAAAAUCAAAUUAUUUAAUUAUAAGAUUAUUGAAUCAUGACAUUCAUCAAAAAUCAAUUAGUUUUGAAGGAAAAAAAAAUUAUAUUCUUGUAAAAUUUAGUAGAUUAAAAGAAAAAUUACUUUUCGCACUUGGCUUAACACCAGGUAUGAGCCAUAAUGGAAUAAAUAUCAAGGAAAUUAUUUCGAUGAACAUCCUACUUGGUUGCCGCAAAACUUGAUGCUGUGCUUGUUGUACUGCACAUGAAUGUCAUGGCUCCUGUUAUGAAUAUCGUUUUGUGCUAGAUGUGAGUGUUUAAAACUUGUUUAUCUUUUCCGAUCCGCGAAGAAAUACAUAAACUAGAACACACAGCUUUCUUCGUUUAUCAAAGGGUUUACAACGCCGAUGAAAACUUCUUGGAAUUUGUAAUUUUCUGUGAGUUCUGUAGUGAGAAAAAAAUUCAGUUUUGUUGGCUGAGAUAUUUCAUUAGGCGUUCAUUGGUUUGUGUUUUUUUCCCACACAAUUUUUUACUGAAACAAGUUAAUGAAUUUUGAAAACGGCUUAAAUUUUUUUUUACGUAGUCAUGAAAAAAAGAUUUGCAACUGGCUAUCACGUCUCACAUAUAAAGUAAAAGUUAAUGGGAGCUUUGCAUGGCGGAUAGUUUUUGUUUUGGUGUAUUGAAUGCAGCCGAAUGAAUCUCAUAUAAAGUUUAAUAAACUGGUUUGCUGUUGAUAAAACGUAUGAGACACUGGGAACCAAGAUUGAACACAAAUUUUUAUGUUCUGUUUAUAAUUCUGUAGGUUACAAUUCUGACGAAUCCCAUGUGUUGGAAAUAUUUUUUAAUAAUCACUCUUUUUUCAACAGACUUCCCUUAAAUUUGGAGCAUUGGGUUUCCACAACUGUUUGCGAAACACGUAACUUGAAGUGCGGUAUCGAGGUUUUCGCGAGUGAUGUGCCGCAGUAGGCCAUCGUUUGUUAACCGAAUGCGAAAUUAAAAUGCCUCGGAAACAGAUUAAUUUUGUUUGGGGGUUUCGCUUAAAACAUCAGCUGCAUGAGAUGUUUGUGUGCGCGGGUGGGGUUCUUGUGUGAACAGUGCAGCUUGUGAACAGCAGCGGAAGGGUAGCCCCUUGUCAGUUAGAACAGGCUGUUUAUGUCAUGUGAUGAAAACGUUAUUUUGUCUUGUAAAUAAGCUGCAAUAUUGUAUUGUAUUUACCUCUUUCAUGAAGUUGCGACUGAUAGAUGAUAAAAAGGGAUUUCCUAUCGAAUCAGACUGAAGAGAGUACUGUAGUAGCGUUUAGUUGGGGAUGUUUGUUUUGGAUCUAGGUGCUGCCUUUUGGAACUGUGUUAAUAGUGCUAGUGCAGGUUAGUUCUUUGACACAAUAAUCUCUUCCUUUUUUUUGUGAUUUUUUUUUUUACCACAAAAUACAUGCUUUAAUGAUUUAAAAUAAAAACCCCACUAACCUAUCAAAUGUAUUGUAAUUUAUUUCUUAAAAACCAAGGAGAAAGCUUACAAAAGUAACUGAUGUUUAUGCUAAUUUUUUUUUUAAAUUUAUAACACAUUUCUCUAUACGUAUGUCAUGGAAAUGGCUUGAUUUUGCUGUUAUGUACCUUGUAAUAUGGUGACUGCAGAAUAAUUUGACAACAGUGAUAAUUCAGUGUUUCCUUUUUGGUCUAAAAGAAAAAUGAUAUUCAUCAAAAUUUGUCACGUUAGUCACACAUGUAGUUAGGUUAUCCCCCCUCCCUCUCCAAAUGGCAAAACAUGUGACAUGAUUAUCCAACUGAAUGUUGCAAUUUUGCUGCAGGUUUCUUGCUUCUUGUCAUGCCUACUUGAACAAUGUUAAACAUGAUUUUUUUUAAAUGUGAAAAAAAAAAAAUUAAAAUAUAGCUUUGUAAAAUUUUUUUGCUAACUGCACAAAUGCAGUGGCGGCUCCAACAUUUUCAAGACUGAAAAUUGGAAAUAAGACUUUUUACGAAAAUGAAAGGCAUUUCAUAAUUAAAUUAAACUAUACAUUCGCAUGCAGAUUUGUAACUCUUUACAUUAAUGGACGAGUUGUAUUGAAUUAUUCACCUUAUGUUAACACAAGUUUAAUCCUAAUAAUUAAUUUUGUGACCUUUAUAGGUAUUGUGUUUUUUUUUUGCAUACAAUUAUAUGUGUAUAAUAGUUGAGAUGAUAAAUACAUUAUACAUAUUGGACUUCAGAGAGAAAUUAAUUAUUCCCAGAAAGCCACAAAUCUUACCUUUUGGCAUCUGAAUAUUAAAAAUUCCCCAGACCACCCUCUGGUAGGGCCCGGUCUCCGAAAACUGUGUGUACGCCCCUGUGGUACAGUCCGGGCCUACCCAAAAUUUAAUACUGCAGCCACCCCUGCACAAAUGGUGUUCACGUUUUAAUAUAUAUAGCAAUAAAUUAAAGCUAAAUAUUUUUUAGCUUUCCUACAAAAACUGUUUCUACAAUUUCUUUCCUAGAGAUGUUGUGAUCCUUGGAUCCUUGGCGCAGUUACAUUUUACAUCUUUACAGCCAGUCGUUAAAUUAUUCCUUUUUCAAUCUAAGUUUUGUAAAAAGCAGCUUGACUCUGUGUUCGUAGCAUUGUGGCAAUAUUCUGCAGUCAGCAUGGGUUAUUCAUCCAUUCUUUUCCUUAUCAUUUAUGAAUUUUAAACUUGUUUGAAACUUUAACUGUAACACACUUCGGAAACAUCUACUUUUACUUACAUUGUUUUCCUAAUUCUAGCCGGAAACCACCUUUUAAACAGUUAGAUUACCAUAAAGUAACUCUUAAUAAAUGUAAGGUGGUGUGCUUAUGGUUUUUUUAUUUUAUUUUUUUUCUACCCUUUAUUAAAGAUUAAAAGGAAUUUUAUUACAGGUACAUACAAGAAAAAAAGGCUUUACAAGUUGCUACAUGUACUGAAAUAUGUUGAGUUGUUUGUCGCAUGUGCGACGUUCGUGUUUAAGAUUUUAUUUGUUUACUAACCUGUACAAUGGGACCUGCUCUCUCUCUCUUUUUAAUUUAAAUUUUAAUAACUGCUAUGUAUUUUUUUAUAAAACAAAGAUGAGUAAUAGCAGUCAAUGAUUAUGUAAGAAUUCUCUCAAAGACAUUUUUAUUUAUAAUGUGUAAAUGUGUAUAGAACUGCUGUUGAAGAAAUGUGUGAGUUGAGUUUUCUUUGUUGUUAGGACGUUUUUAAACUCUUGUAUAUCUGAAAAUGACUUGUGCAUUAUGUUGUAAAUAAUGUUCAAUUUGUAAUUUUUAUUAUAUUUUAAGCAGCAUGUCUCUAGCUGUGUUGUUUUGUUUAUUAGUGAAAAUAUGUCUAUUUCUAAAAGUGCAAUAUGUACAAAAUUAAUGUAAACAGUUUUUUUAUACAUUGUAGAUAUCUAAUUUUUAAGUGUAAUUGUAAAGAUUUUAUUUGCUGUAACAAAAUGUUCUAUUUAUUUUUAACCUUUUGUUGUUAAUUCUCGUUUGUUUGGCGGCAAUGUCAACGUGUGUAAUGUAUCACUGCAGCGAUACUCGGCUCCGUAAAGAAUCGACACAAUCGUUUUGAAAACACAAAACUCCUAAUUGCAGUGGAUAUAAUUAUGAGUUAGCCAAUACCAGUGAUUUAAUGUAGUCCAUGAAAAGACCACAUACACAUAGGAAAAUAAGAAAAUAGAACUCAAUUGGUUGAGCAGCUGUUGCUUAAUUAUUAGGUACAGUCUACUUUGUACAGUAACUUUCAUCAGGAGAGCCCUCAGAACAUGCCACAUAAAACAUAAGCAGAUUUCUAUGACCGUACUGGAUGAAAGUUACUAGAUUAAGUAGUUGCCUCCUCAGUUCCACAGUGAAUGAUACAAUAAUUUAGCAAUAAUUUUUUUUUUUACACUCAAGUUCAGAAUGAGCUAUAUAUUACUUCUAAGUCAAUUCAACAAAAAACUCGCACAAGAAAAGUACAAGUAUUAUUGGACAGGGAAGAAACAGCAUAAAAAUUCAAGAGUUUUCUUGGGUUAAGCAUUUGAGAGCAGUAUUAGAAAGCUAUGCUUUUUUUUUUAUCUUGCGUAAUGGAAACUAAUUGUUCAUGGUGAUUUUUAGGGUUCUCAAAUCUGAAGAACACAUUACAGAAACUGAAAAUUUCAGUUCACAAUUUAACAUAGCCUAAUUCCUAAGAAGUAACUUUUAAAUGUUUACAUUGUGACUACUAAUAAUGGUAUUUGUUAUCCAGACCAGUUAUGGUAUGUGCAAUAAAAGAAAAGUUUAGUUGUGAUUUAUUAAGUUGAUUUCUUACAACAAUAUUAAAAACAGUUAGGUAAUGCUUCAACUUAAUUAUUCUACUAAGUAGGUAAUAAUUAUUUUUUUUUAUAGGGAUGUGAAAUGGAUAUGUGGCGUCAGUGAAUGAAAAUGGAUGAGUCAUUAAGCAAUCUCGAACAUGUACCAUACUUACACGUUUCAAUUAUUGUCACAUGCCACUGUACUUCCUACUAUUGAUGUAGGAUUCAUGUAGCUUCUUUCUAUGAUACCUCUGGGAACGUAAAAGAUUCAACAUAGAAUACUUAAAAAAAAAAAAAAAAAAAAACACACACACACACACACACACACACACACACACACACACACACACUGGCUCAUACUUAUUCAUAGAUUUCAUAUAAAGAUUCGCAGAAUUUAAAUUACAUUGUAAGAUGAUUAUUUGAAUUUUUUGUCAUUGGCACUGAGAUUUUUUUUUACAUGUUUUGUAAAUCUGUUUUCUACAAAGAGUUUAUUACAUAAAAUUAGAAUUAAAGAAGAGGGAAAAAGUACCUACUUAGUAGGCCUGUUUGAAUAAUAGUUCUUUAAAGCAAAGCGAAUAUCAAAUCAAGUUUUUUUUUAACAUUUGCGACGUCGAAUGAAUUGUGAACAUUGUACUCAGCGAAGCUAUACAGCAAAACCCUGUUAUAAUGUUUUCCAAGGAGGCAAAUGGAAGGAAGAAUAUUAAGGAAAGGAGGGAAGGAAAAAAAACAACAUUGUAAGCAGGAUAUAUCAAUGUAGCAUUUAUCAGUGUUUGAACCUUUUACAAAUAGACUCAUGAAGCUAUGUAAACAAAUAUAAUGUUAAAACUACUGAUGGGUACACUUGAUGCUCGAAUUUGCUUAACCAAGCCAACAAUUUUUCUUAAAAUUCAUCAUACUUCCAGCUUCUAUUUUAUUUGUCUUUAAAGAGGCACUGUCACAUUUCUGUAAAAUUGUCUCAUGAUUCGUGACAGAAACGUUUAGUGUGGAACUGUGUAUUUCCAAUUCCUCUGCCACUUGAACAUCUAUUUUUUUUGGGAUUCCUAGGAUAUUAAAUUAAUUCAACACUAUCAGCAAUAGAAAACGAUUUUUAAACAUUGCAGAAUAGUUUUCAAACUGAAAAAAUACGAAUGGUAAGGAAAGGAAGGAUUUUUUUUCCAAGAGAAGGAUGCCAACAACACGUAACUGCGAACAUUACUUACCUUUGAUAUAUUGAAUACACAGCAUUAGGCAGCACUAACAUGUAGCGCUAGUGUUCUGGCACACAUAUAUUUUGUUUUUACUUACAAUCCUAUUUGAACAAUCUACAUGUAUGGUAUAGCAGUGAUUGUAAUCAAAAACAUACGUAUAUUGUUGAGUAAAUGGUUUCGCAUGUUAUUCACAGUUGGGAUAGUCUUGGAAUAGUUAAGUUUUUUUUAAAACCUUUUUUAUUUAUUGAAUUGAAAAAACCAAACAUUAGAAGCAGGUGAUGCAUCAUUCAUGAAACGUUAUAAACAGGAUAUAAAUACAUUGUUCUUAUGGAGGAAAUGUUGGGACUUAAAUAAAUAUGAUGUUAUAAGCAGGAACAUUAUAACAGGGUUCUACUGUAUUAAACUUAUCUUAUAAAGUACAAGAUUGAAGCAAAAAGAAAUUGUUUAAUGUUUUUAAUUUUUGAAUUAAUUAAUUGAUAAAAUAAUUGGUCCCUAGUAUAACAUCGUUCAGUAAAAAUUAUAAAAAAACCAUGGAUAAUUUUAAUAUUGAGCAUUCAUAAAAGCAAACAAGUGCUGACUUUUGAUUUUUUUUAAGUAACCAAAUUUAUUCAAGCAAAAUAUAUACAAAAAAAAUAAUAUUUCCAUAAGCGAAUCUUAGGCUUCUAGUGUUUAAAGCUGUGCAACAAAUGUGAAGCUUCUUAUCAGAUGCAAAGCUUCAAAUAAAACGAACAGCAAAUUUUCUGGUGAAGUCAAAUUAAAUGUUAAAAAGAGCUUUCAUUGACUUUCUUGGUCGAAGCUUCGCACAGGCCUACUGCUUAGUCAUUUAGUGCUAAGGCAUCACACUUAGGUGGCGAGGUCAGAUUAUUGAAUACUGGUUGGAUAAUCAGUGCAACAUAAAACCCAACAUUGAUUUCUGAAAAAUGUAUUAAAUAUUGGUGAAACUUUCUAUGGUUGACUUUCUACUGCCAGAAAGACCAAGUAGAAUAUUGAUAUUUCCAAAUUAAUUGAUUAAAAUAGGUAAAUCAAAUUUUGUGCCAGUGAAAAAGAUGCUUACAAUUACAAAUUAUAAGGAAAUGAGAUACUUAAUUACCUUAACUUCUAAUCUAUUAGGCACGCUUACAACUUCCAAAUAAAUAUUGGUUCAAUUUAUCAGGGGUUUGAGACAAAGUGACUGUGUGGUUUUAUCAUACCACCUGUCAUUUACAUUACUUACAGCUUACACGCCUACAUUAGUUUACAUUACAGAGGGUGACAUUCCCGCCAAAUCGCAAGUCUUGCCUUCUACUUUUCUAUUCUGUCUACAUCUUAAAAGUGCUACAGUGUUUCAAGUGCAUUAGUGCUAAGAACAAGCGUAAUUUUUUCCAUGUCUUCAGGUAGUGCUUUUUUUUUUUAUAUUUCACCAUAACUUUACAUUUCUAAAAGGAAAGUGUGCUUUUUGAUCUCGGCAUUCAGUGUGGCGACUGUAGUUGUGUCGUUAAACGCUGACUCGAGAGUGCACGAGACUGGACGUUCGUGAAAUGUACCGAGCAGAAUACUUUUGAAAAUAUGCUCCUGGGCAUGUAAUAUAUAUAUAAAACUUGAAUCACACUGUUAAUUUGUAAAAAAAAUAUAUGUUCAGGAGAUAUUGACUGUGAGUUCUUACAAGUAGAUCAGCAGGAUUAUUUGUAAGAUAUUUUUCACGUGCUGUUGCUGACUUGAUGCUGUGGUGUAGACAAAAGCUACUAAUUGUAAGAUAUGAAAUGACUUGUUCUAUUUUGUGCAGUAAACAAACACCACAAAUUA